AUGUCUGCCAAGGAACAAUCUUUUCUCAAUUACCCCCCACCACGCGAAGGCCCCUCGGUGCCAUACAAGCACGAGGACCAGGUCAUCCCAGUCUUCCGCGGCACAAGCCUAGCCAUCGGCGCAACAUUAAUCCACAACAUCGGUUUCAUCCAAAGCCACUUCUGGCGCAGUGCCGGCUUCGGCAUCAUCCGCGAAAUCCCCCACUUGAGCCAGUACCCCGGCCGCUACGAUCCAACCGUGAUUCCAGUCGACAACGACCGUACCGCGGAGUCAGCAAAAGCCGCAUUCCCCGCUAUUCAGCGCAGGAAGGGAAAUCGUGGAUAUCAUACUUCAGCCGACUAUCAUGCGCUCUAUAAGUCGGGAGAACUGACACCGACAGCUGUCAUCGAGACGCUGUUACCUCUGGUGCGACGUGACGUCCAGCCGCCGGGAAAACACUCAACUGCCUUCCUCGAGUCUCAGGCUGAGUUGGUUCGCGCGGCAGCUGAAGCUUCUACAGAGCGGUACAAGAAUGGCCAGUCCCUGGGUCCGCUUGACGGCGUGCCGGUCGCUGUGAAGGACGAGGUGCAUCUAACCGGAUAUAAGCGCACGUUGGGAUCGAAGCUGGACUUUAAGCAUGGGACUGAUGAAACUUCGUGGUGUGUAAGACAAUGGCUGGAUGCUGGGGCUAUUGUUAUUGGGAAGACAUCUAUGCAUGAGCUGGGUCUCGACACAAACAACAACAACCCCAACUACGGAACACCCAGAAACCCCCACAACAAAGAAUACUACUGCGGCGGCUCCUCCGGCGGCUCCGGCUACGCCGUCGGCGCCGGACUCGUCCCCAUCGCCCUGGGCGCAGACGGCGGCGGCUCAAUCCGCAUCCCCUCUUCAUUCUGCGGUAUCUGGGGACUAAAACCAUCCCACGGUCGUAUCUCCGGCGCACCAUCCCAAAGUCUCGCACCAACAGUCGGUGUCCUAGGCCCUAUGGCAUCUAACAUCGACGAUCUCGCCCUCGCCUAUCGCACCAUGGCUAUCCCAGCCCCAGCAUCCGAGGACCCCAUUUCCUCCCAAUUCCCCUACCCCACACCUCCCAGCCCGACAGACACCACCAGACCCAAAACCAUCGGCAUAGUCCGCGCCUGGAUCGAUCGCGCCGAGCCCCCCGUCAGGGCCGUACUCGAUCGCUCCCUCGCUUACUACCGCGAACACGGAUACAAUGUAAUCGACAUCGAAAUCCCCUAUCUACCCGAAGGCCAGCGCGCACACGUCUUAACCAUCAUGGCAGAGAUAGCCUCCGGCGUUGACGCCAGCAAGAUUAAACAUCUAACCGCGCCAAAUAAAGUCCUCGUGUCUAUGGGCAUGUACCAAAUAACAGCGCAGGAUCUGCUCGCUUCCCAGCGUCUGCGGAAUCUGCUUAUGACGCAUUUGGCGCAUCUGUUUAAGAUUCAUCCCGGGUUGAUGAUCGUUACGCCGACGACGCCGAUUCCCGGUUGGCAUAUUGAUGGUGGGGAGGCGGAUUUAGUGCGUGGGUUGUCGGAUGGGAAAUCUUCGGUUAGGAAUAUGGAGUUUGUUUGGUUGGCUAAUUUUAUGGGCUGUCCGGCUAUUAGUUGUCCCGCGGGAUAUACUGAUGGGAAUGUGCCGAUUGGGAUUAUGGCUAUGGGUGAAUGGGGGACUGAGGAGGAGCUUAUUGCUUUUGCGAGAGAUGGGGAGGGGAUUUUGGAUUUGGCUACUGGGGAUGCAGAAGAUACAGGUGUUGCGGCGGUUAAGGGUUUACGGACUCCUUCGGAUGAUUUGUCUGUUUGGGAAGAUGUUAUUGAACAGGCUAAGGGGAAGAUGUCUGUGUAA